CUGGAGGCCGUGGCGCGAGCAGAGCUGAGAGGGGCAGCGCGAGCGGAGGCUUCGGUCUUCUGUCCUGUUUCCCCCCUCUCGUGCGGCGGCGGUUGGAAGCUGAAGGGGGCGGGAAAUAUGCGCCGACGGCGAGCGCGAGGCGGCGGUGGCGGCCGCCAUCGCCGCGGCGUCGUCGUCGUCUAGUCGCCGCAGCAUGAAUAAUCACGGCGGGCUUUCCUCACACGUUUCUUCUCUCGGCUUUCACCGGUGGUGGCGCGUCUCCUGGCAGCGAGUCUCGGUGGCGGCGGUGGAGGAAGAUCGACGGCGGCGGUUGCGACGACGACGGUGGAAUGCCAGCUCCUGAACAGUCUCGAUUGGUGGAUGAGGGGUUGCUGCCCACCAAGGAAGCCUGCACUGACCUAGCCAUGGAAUCCGAAACAACAGCUAACACCAUUUUGGCUUCAGUUAAAGAGCAGGAGCUCCAGUUUGAAAGGCUGACGAGAGAGCUUGAGUUGGAACGGCAGAUUGUUGCAAAUCAGCUAGAAAGAUGCAAGCUGGGAACGGAAUCUCCUAGCAUCACUAGCAUCAGGUACAGCAUCAGUUCCACUGAGAAAUCCUUUCACUGGAGACCAGCAGAUGAUCCAAUAGCAGGAGUGAAUAGACACCGAGUUUCUGACAACCUACAUCCCCAACUCUCAAAUAUUGAAGCAGAUUGUGACAGAUUGCCAGCUCACACACCUGAACAAACGUCUCUUCAUGAAAGUGAGGGAUCUUUAGGAAACUCGCGAAGCUCCACACAAAUGAAUUCCUAUUCUGAUAGUGGUUACCAGGAACCAGGAGGUUACUAUAGCAGCCAAAACUUGAUCAAGGCAGACCCCAGAAAUCUGCAGGCCAUUUACAGCAGUGUCAACAGUGGUCAUCUAAUUCGAAACUCACGUCCAGAGGGACAGACACUGGUGCAGGGUCCAAUGAAUGUUGCUCUUACAGCCUCUAGGGCAAUGAGACGAGUUAGUUCAGUUCCAUCUAGAACUCAGUCUCCAACCUAUGUUACUGGAAUAUCACCAUCAAGAGGGUCAUUAAGAACCUCCCUAGGAAGUCCUUAUGGUUCCCCAGCAACAACUGAACCUCGAUCCACAGCUUCUACAGUCUUUAUGUCCUCAACGUUGCCAGCUCCAAGAGCAGGGUCUCCUCGCACCGCACCAAGAACUACAUCACCGGCCACAAUUAAACGAGUUACUUCAGUUACAAGGCAACUCACCAAUUCUAGCCGAGCCACUUCACCAUAUCAGAAUUUGGGCUCUUCAGUGAGAGUGGGUUCACCACUCACUUUAUCUAAUGCACAAUCAAGAGUGAACUCUCCACCCCAACUUCACACUGGAUCUUCGUCUCCUGCACGGUCGACCAUGACUGCAGUCCCUCAACAUAUGACGGCACCUCUACAAAGAUCUUUCGCCAUUGAUGAUGAUUUUUAUUGUCUCCACUCCCCAGAAAUAUAUGAGAGGAUGGUGCCUCCACGACCAGACAGCCUUGCAGGAUUACGUAGUUCAUAUGCCAGUCAACACAGCCAACUGGGACAUGAACUGCGUUCUGCCAUGUCCCCUGAUUUGCACAUUACACCAAUCUAUGAGGGACGCACACUCCAAAGCCCAGUUUAUCGCAGUCCCAGUCAUGCAGCAGUGGAGCUCCAUCAAGGAACUCAAACUGCAGUGUUUCGUACAGGAUCAGCUGUCGGUAACCUGCAAAGAACAGCCAGUCAUCGGAACACUAUGACUUACCAAAGAAGUAACUACGCUCUGAAUGCCAUGGGUAACUAUGGUGACCUGUACAGGCCAGUGCAGUAUCGACCAUCUGAAGUAAAUUAUCCCAGACUUCAUUAUGCUACUCCAGCAGAUGAAACUGCAACCAGGUCACCGUCAAUUGACAGCAUCCAGAAAGAUCCAAGGGAGUUUGCAUGGCGUGAUCCAGAACUGCCAGAAGUCAUUCAUAUGCUGCAGCACCAGUUCCCAUCAGUUCAGGCAAAUGCAGCAGCUUACUUGCAACACCUCUGCUUUGGAGAUAACAAGUUGAAAGCUGAGGUGUGCCGAUUGGGAGGAAUUAAAUACUUGGUGGAACUUUUGGAUCAUAAAAUCCUAGAAGUACAGAAGAAUGGCUGUGGUGCCCUGCGGAAUCUGGUUUACGGCAAAGCCACCGAUGAGAACAAGAUAGCGAUGAAGAAUGCUGGUGGUAUCCCAGCUUUAUUACGUUUGUUACGAAAAACUGUGGAUGCCGAAUUGAGAGAACUCAUUACAGGAGUCUUGUGGAACUUGUCUUCAUGUGAUGCAGUCAAGAUGCCAAUUAUUCGGGAUGCUCUAACAACCCUAACGAACGUUGUGAUAAUACCUCAUUCGGGAUGGAGCAGUUCUUCUUUUGAUGAAGACAGAAAAGUGAAAUUCCACACUUCACUAGUGCUGCGAAAUACUACUGGAUGUCUAAGGAAUCUUAGUUCUGCAGGUGAAGAUGCCCGAAAGCAUAUGCGAUCGUGUGAAGGGUUGGUGGAUUCCUUACUCUACGUAAUCCAGAUGUGCGUGAAUACUGCAGAUUAUGAUAGCAAGACUGUAGAAAACUGUGUUUGCAUCCUGAGGAACCUCUCCUAUCGCUUAGAAUUGGAAGUUCCACAAGCUCGCCUGAUGGGGAUGAACGAACUUGAUGGGUUGCUUGGCAAUGAGUCUCCAAGCAAAGAUGGUGACACUGGUUGCUGGGGUAAGAAGAAGAAAAAGAAGAAAAAAGAAUCACAGGAAGAACAGUGGGAUGGAGUCGGCCCAAUCCCUGGAUUUUCUAAAUCUCCCAAAGGUGUGGAGAUGUUGUGGCAUCCAGCUGUAGUGAAACCAUACCUUACACUUCUUGCUGAAAGUUCAAACCCGGCUACUUUGGAAGGUUCUGCUGGAUCUCUACAGAAUUUAUCUGCGGGCAACUGGAAGUGGGCAGCUUAUAUACGUGCUGCUGUCAGAAAAGAGAAAGGUCUUCCAAUCCUUGUGGAACUACUCAGAAUGGACAAUGAUCGGGUAGUUUGUUCUGUUGCUACGGCCUUAAGGAACAUGGCACUUGAUGUGCGGAACAAAGAGCUCAUCGGCAAAUAUGCCAUGAGGGAUCUCGUUCACCGUCUUCCAGGGGGUCCAACGUUGAUCAUGCUAUCUGAUGACACUGUGGCUUCUGUUUGCUGUGCUUUACACGAGGUUACAAUCAAGAACAUGGAGAAUGCCAAAGCAUUAGCUGAUGUUGGUGGGGUGGAGAAACUUGUAAAUAUUACAAGAGGGAAAGGAGAAAGAUAUUCACUGAAGGUGGUGAAGGCAGCAGCUCAAGUAUUAAACACUUUGUGGCAAUAUCGUGAUCUUCGCACGAUUUACAAAAAGGAUGGUUGGAAUCAGAACCAUUUCAUUACCCCAUUUUCUACUCUGGAGCGUGACAGGCAUAAAUUUUCUACAUCCCACCCAUCCUUAACCACCAAUCUGAAUAUGUCACCUGUUCUUCAAUCAGUGGGUAGCACUACAUCUUCACCAGCACUCUUAGGUGUUAAAGAACCACGGUCUAACUAUGAGAAGACACAGAUUUCUAUGCAAUAUUACAGCAAUCAAGGGGAUAACAGUACACAGAAGGAUUUAACAUUAGGUUCCAGUAAGCCUUCACCAAUUUACAUAGGUUCCUAUUCUUCACCAGCAAGGGAGGAAUCUAGACGACUUCAUCAUCCACAGAUGUACUAUGGACAAGAAGAUACAAGCAGAAGGAAUUACGAUACCUAUAGAAUGUAUAUGCCAUCUCCACAAGGCUACGAAGACCCAUAUUUUGAUGAUCAUCUUCAAUAUCCAACAGCCACUGAUUACACAUCACAACAUGGACUAAAAUCAUCAACCAACUAUGUGGAUUUUUACUCGACUAGGCGUCCAUCUUACAGAGCAGACCAAUACCCAGGGUCUCCAGAUUCCUGGGUGUAAUGUUAGGAGGUAAAACAGAAGAAAAUUAUCUUUCCACUUUUUCCAAGGGCACUGAAUGUAUGUGAAAAUCAAUGUGAAGGGUUCUUAGUGGAGAAAAUGUGAAUGUGACCUUAAGGAAAGAAAUGAGGAAGUGCUUCCUUUUCGCAAGGAAAUUCUGAAAGAAACUGCAAAGGAUGACUGAUGGGGAGGAGAGUCUUUUAACUCUAGAUGUUAGGUUUCUUAACUGUAGCUCUUAUAGUUUGGUGAAGGUGUGGGCCACGUGUAGAAAGGUUUGAGACGAGGACAAAGAUUGGAGAAUGUCGGCCGUAUGAAAUGUGAAACUUUUAUGUGAAUAAAGUCUUAUUCUGUGGGUUUGUACAGACACAUUAAAAAGAUAUACCCCUUUUGUUUUACCAAAAUAAUGAAUCGUCGAACUGUGUAUUCCAUCGCCCUUGUAAAUGUUCUUUAUUUGAUGUAAAUAUGGAAAUGCCACAUGAACAAGAAUUACUGUCAUGUAAAGCAGUGACCCGUGUUGAGGUACAUUUUUAAGAUGCAGGUGUUGUAAAACAGAUGAAUGAAUCAUUCUAAAUGAAACGUCAUAUUUUGUUUUGCAGAAUUUUGUAAUCACGAAGCAUAAAAUUACGUUUUCUAGUCAACUGGACCCUUAUUUUUCCAUUCCCAUUGUGUGGCUGGUAUCACUGCCAUUUCCUAUAUUCAUUUAUAAAUAAAUGUGAUUGUUUCAUUCACCAAAA